UGGAGCAGCAGUGUAAUACAAGACAAGAAACGAAGAAGAUGGACCCGAGAAAAAACCACAGGUUUUUUGAGAAGCUACCUUGCGCGGAAGGAAGAAUUCCAGCAUCCUAAAAAAAAGAGGUUGGCAUACGCAAAUGUGUUAGAAGAUAUGUUGUCAAUAGGCAUUACGGAUUCCGAGAGAACACCAUUGUGCUUGGAGUCGAAGAUGUGCACUUUACUUCAGGCGUACAAAGCGGCAAGCGACAACAACCGCAGUACGGGUGCCAGAUCUUAUUUUGCGCCAUUUAUGGAGCUAAUGGAUGAAAUCUUUGGGAGGAGCCCAAUAAUUUCUAACGACCACACCGUCCACGUGGGCUUCAGACCGGCUACAGUACUGUCGGUGAGUGUAGUGGCGUCAACAUCAUCAAAGACGCCACUGCCAUCUCUGUCACUGCUGCCACCGUCACCAUCGCCAACUCCAUCGCCACUACCACCACCGUCACCAUCGCCAUCUCCAUCCCCACUGCCACCACCAUCACCAUCGCCAUCUCCAUCCCCACUGCCACCACCGUCACCAUCGCCAUCUCCAUCCCCACUGCCACCACCGUCACCAUCGCCAUCUCCAUCCCCACUGCCACUACCGUCACCAUCUCCAUCCCCAUCCCCACUGCCACGAAGAAAGCGUUCAGCUCGAGAGGCUUAUUUCGAAAAAAAAAUUGAGCUGAAGAAGUUCCAGGCGGAAGAAAAAUUAAAAUUGAAGGCUAAAUCCAUACAGCAAUUUAAAGAAUUGCUUAAAGAAAAAUUUGAAAGAGAUACUGAUAUAGAAAAAAGAAAACUCGAGUUGCUGGAAAAACUGGCAAAUAAGUAGCACUUUGCUUUUUUAAUUUGAUU